AUGGCAGACCCCGCAUCAGGCACACCACCAUCAGACGCUGCUAUUGUCUCGGAACAGCUCACUGCUUUUCUUCUGAAAGAUGAAGGUACAGACGAUAUCGUUAGCUCCCUCCUUCCGUCUACACCGCCUUCUAGCCUCGAAACCUCGUACCUCCACGAUAAUGGAAAGAGCACGACAGCACCAAACAGCCGCCCGUUAUUCAACUCUGUGCGUGAAGCGCUCGAAAGCUCUGGUCAACUGAAGGAAGAGCCUGGAGGGUACGUGAUCAAGCGGCACAGCGGUCGUCAACAGCAGCCGCAGCAGCAACAACAGCGUUCAGCAGAAAGACUUAAGAACCGACAUGGUAAACGACGAUCGAAUAGCAAAAGCGAUACGACGACAGCCACUACUUCUACUCUCGUUCAAGACGAAGCGGAUGCUGCAGGAUACACAGUGAUCCUGCGACGGUCUUCCUGUGAUGAGACACAGAGCAGCAUCAGUGCUUCAGCUACUGCAACUGCUACUGUCACACGGCGGCGAGGAGGUCAUCGAACUUCUACUCCAUCGAAAGGCAACAAAAAGACACAGCAACAGUCACAGCGACAACGCCGAGACAGCAUGUCUACUUUGUCCCAAAGCAGCAGUCUAUUGGCCUCUGUAAAGCCGCCACCGCCGUCUUCGAGUGCCCCGCCUGGUUUCCAGUCAUGUCUCACGUCUCGUGUAUUACAACCACCACCUGGUUUACCGCCUGCAGCGUCUGGUUGGGUAGUAAAGGCCGCUGCACCGGCUGAAAACGUGAAAAAGAUUGAGGAGCCGCCGGUUGAAGCGUUGUGGCCCGAGAUGAAGACGACUUCGAAGACUGACAAUGGAUGGGCCGUUACAACGACAAUGACAUCGAUGGACGAGAGUCAUUUGCAGUCGCCAGCGUGGACGAGCACGAACAACUCGACGGACCAGAGCGAUGAUGAUGAUCUGCUUGCAAGACUUGGAGUCACGCUGUAG